CGCAGCGGCCGCGCGCGCGCCGGCGGCUGCGCAGUGUCGGCACAUCCGGGCACUGGGGCAGGAUGAGCGCUCCUUUCCAAGAUGGCGGCGGAGGGAGGUGGGAAGGAGAUGAACGAGAUUAAGACCCAGUUCACCACCCGGGAGGGGCUGUACAAGCUGCUGAGCCACUCGGAGUACAGCCGGCCUAACCGCGUGCCCUUCAACUCGCAGGGCUCCAACCCCGUCCGCGUCUCCUUCGUCAACGUCAACGACCAGAGCGGCAACGGGGACCGGCUCUGCUUCAAUGUGGGCCGGGAGCUCUACUUCUACAUCUACAAGGGGGUCCGCAAGGCUGCGGACUUGAGUAAACCAAUAGACAAAAGGAUAUACAAAGGAACACAGCCUACAUGCCACGACUUCAAUCAUUUAACAGCCACAGCAGAAAGUGUGUCUCUUCUAGUGGGCUUCUCUGCAGGCCAGGUCCAACUUAUAGACCCUAUUAAAAAAGAAACUAGCAAAUUAUUUAAUGAGGAAAGACUAAUAGACAAGUCCCGAGUAACCUGUGUAAAAUGGGUACCAGGUUCGGAAAGCCUUUUCCUAGUAGCUCAUUCCAGUGGCAAUAUGUACUUGUAUAACGUGGAGCACACUUGUGGUACCACAGCCCCGCACUACCAGCUACUUAAACAAGGAGAGAGUUUUGCAGUGCACACUUGCAAGAGUAAAUCCACAAGAAACCCUCUGCUUAAAUGGACAGUAGGUGAGGGUGCCCUGAACGAAUUUGCCUUUUCCCCUGACGGGAAGUUCUUGGCGUGUGUGAGCCAGGAUGGUUUCCUUCGCGUGUUUAACUUUGAUUCGGUGGAAUUGCAUGGUACAAUGAAAAGCUACUUUGGAGGACUGCUGUGUGUGUGUUGGAGCCCCGAUGGGAAAUACAUAGUGACAGGCGGAGAGGAUGACUUGGUGACAGUUUGGUCUUUCGUGGACUGUCGAGUUAUAGCGCGAGGCCACGGACAUAAAUCGUGGGUCAGUGUCGUUGCGUUUGAUCCGUAUACCACUAGUGUAGAAGAGAGCGACCCGAUGGAAUUUAGCGGAAGCGAUGAGGAUUUCCAAGACCUUCAUUUUGGCAGAGAUCGAGCGAAUAGCACGCAAUCUAGGCUAUCCAAAAGGAACUCUACAGACAGUCGUCCAGUAAGUGUUACGUAUAGAUUUGGUUCAGUAGGCCAGGACACGCAGCUCUGUUUGUGGGAUCUUACAGAAGAUAUCCUCUUCCCCCACCAACCUCUCUCAAGAGCAAGGACACAUACAAAUGUCAUGAAUGCCACAAGUCCACCUGCGGGAAGCGGUGGAACUAACCCAGGAAGUAAUGGAAACAGUAUCACAACACCGGGAAACUCUGUACCCCCUCCUCUUCCACGGUCAAACAGCCUUCCACACUCUGCAGUCUCAAAUGCUGGCAGUAAAAGCAGUGUCAUGGAUGGUGCCAUUGCUUCUGGCGUUAGUAAAUUUGCAACCUUAUCGCUACACGAUCGGAAGGAAAGACACCAUGAAAAAGAUCACAAGAGAAACCAUAGCAUGGGACAUAUAUCUAGCAAGAGCAGUGACAAACUGAACCUAGUUACUAAAACCAAAACGGACCCAGCUAAAACUUUGGGAACACCUCUCUGUCCCCGAAUGGAAGAUGUUCCCUUGUUAGAGCCUCUUAUCUGUAAAAAGAUAGCACAUGAAAGACUGACUGUGUUAAUUUUUCUUGAAGACUGUAUAGUCACUGCUUGUCAGGAGGGAUUUAUUUGCACAUGGGCAAGGCCUGGUAAAGUGAGAUAAAGUAUGCAGUACCAAAAAUCAGGAUUUAUGUAUUGGCCAAUAUGGAAAACUUUAACUACAGGUAAGUAAUUUUCAUGCUGAAGUUAUCACUUUCAAAAUUAAUAUAUUGCACACUGAUGUAAAUGCCAUAUUCUUUAGGAUGUAUUUACUUAGAAAUUUACAAAUUAAUUUGUUUUUCUGAUUUCACUUGCAUUUCUAGUGAGCUCACUCUGCUGGUAAAAACUAAAUUUUGGCGGCAUGUUUACAGGGCUUUGUUAGGAAAAUACUUGUGCCAGAAGGACAUUAUAAGCAUCCUUUUUGUUUAUAGGAAAGCACUUAAUUUUAUUUAAUGAGAAUUGUCAAAGUAUAAAACACUCAUGGUGAUGUCUUUCUUACUGGGUUAUAUACCAUCAUUUCUGUUUCACCAGCUGUUUUAUCCUAGGAUGGCCCAUUACUCUGGGGUUUAAAGUUGCUAUUUCUAGUCUUCCUUUGACAUAUGGCUCCCCAAGUGAUCUUAAAGCUCUGUCACUUUUUUGUCUGCCAACUCUAUAGAGCAAAAGCCUCUGAAUCUUGCUGCUGCUUCCAUCAUUGCCUCAGAAGGCCUUCAUUAAAUUGAUGCCACUGCCAGCCUAAAGAAAGAAUUGGAUGGAAAAGCAAAGGAGGCUUGCAGUGUCUAAUGUAAUUUCCAUUAAGCCAGUGCUACCUCUCCCUCUCAUUUCCAACAGCCAUCAGAACAUGUGCUGGAUAAUUUGACAGUGUAUGACAAAUUCUGGUUAUUUUUCUGGUUGGGCUUGUGCUGUCCUGAGUGGAAAAUAAAUCCAGAAGUGUCUCUUCAGCCAUGAUCCCUGUGAUAGUUGAUAGUCUGUACACUGCUGACAUUGUCCUGACAGUUUGUUUAUAAACUUUCCAAAUUACUGCUUUGCUGUGUACAAAAUCAUACCUUGAGCUUCCUCAUGGGACGUACCGUUCUUGCAUUGCACUCCCAGAACUGCUCUGCCAACUCCCAGCCAGUGAAGUGAAGUGAAUGGCAAAGUUCAAUUAGAAACAAUUUGGAUGAGGCUCAGGGUUCAUUAGUUUCAAAUUUUUUUUCUUUUUUUUUUUUUUUUUUUUUUUUUGUGAGCUGGUUUCUGUGAAAGAAGGUUCAGGGCGGUCAGAAAAAUAGGUUGCCUUAACAAGAAUAUGAGCUUUUCUCGACAUGGUGACAAUUAGCUGUUGUCUCUCACCCCUAUCUUUCCCAGGCCCUGAUGGGAAACCUAAAUGGGAUUACAGAACUGUUGGAUUAAUCUGGAAAUAUAGAAACAGAAUUUGGAAGGAACAGAAGUAAACUUUAUUGUGCUAUCGUUACAGCUACGCCAAACUGAAUUACAGGAUCUGCAGAAGCAAUUUAAAAACAAAUGCAACCCACAAAACCCCAAAGUGGUACUUGGAUAUGCAAAAUAAGUUUUCUCUGGACUCAGUGGUCAGAGUAACUACUUAUGUGAUUUCUGUGUUGGGCUUCAGAACUGACUGGUCACUGUCUGUACAGUGACUCCAUUUUAUGGGAGUGAAAGUUGCCCGUGAGUUCCCUGUGUCAGAAAGCUCAAGGUGAGAUUGGCCACAAGCACCCCCAGGUGAAAUGGCAGUGUAUAACCUAGCAAGAGAAACAUCCAACCUUUUUGUAAAACAAAUGCACAUGGAAUUUAUUUAUUUGACUUAUUGUACAGGAAAACUUAAGACUUAAAUUAUAACAUCCUUGAAUUUUCUAGUUAACUACAAUUGUAGUACAGUAUCAUGUUUUAGUAUGACUUCUGUUUUAGUGAAAGUACUUAAACAUUCAUGUACUAUAUUUGAGUGAGACGAGCAGCUAUACAUACUAAUUCUUCCUCAGUGGAAAGGAGCAUUUCAUCAUUACAAUUGAAGUUCAAUUGCUGGUAUUUAAGUACUAUCAAAUAGAUUUCUUUCAACGUGAUACGGUAUCUGUAUAAACUUCAGGGAUGAUUAUAGUUCAACUGAAACACAGCUAUACAACUUCAGGUUACCAUGCUAAAGUUUGAAGCUUUCUGUAAUGUGCACAAUAGCAAAGUUGCACAUGGCAUACCCACAUUAUCAGGGUGAAUUAAACCUAGAGUACACUGGUGUGAUAUUUAUAGCAAGGUAUGUGUGUGUGCGUGUGUGAGGAGGUGUGACAAGUGGCUCCAGUAAAGCCAGGAGAGAUCAUAACCCUCUAAAGGCUUUAUGAUGAGGAUGUCUGGAUUAGGAAAUAACAUGACUUUUACUAAACACUUUCUAGAAAACCCAUGUUCUGAAUUAUCACCUCUUAAAAUAUGAGUAUGUACUUAGAACGACUGUAUAUGUCUGCCCCUUUAACAACAUAAAACUACUAAAUUAAUAUUUAAAAUGCUGGCCUGCUUAUGUUACAAUAAUAAAAUUUGUGUCAGUUAAUUUACUGUCAAUUUACAUGUAAAGAUUAAACUAUUUUUUCUGCAUUUUAUGAUUCUGUAUACUGGAGUUUGUUAAAGAUUGACAUGUUAGGUGAUACUGUACAAAAUUGUAUUGACUACCUUUAGUGAAAAUCAAAAGUAAAAUUCAUAUGUAUUUCCUUUUUACACUUCCAUCUAAUUUCUUGACAACUUGAAUAAAUUUCAUAGAGCCUUUCUAACAUGAACUAUUGUUAAUUUAACUGUUGCAAUAAUUAAGCUUUAAGAAGUAUUGUUGGUAUAUUUAUAAUUUUAAGAAGAUCAUGUUUGUUUCAUACUGCUUAUUUUUAGCUGUUCUAUUGUCACUGUUACAGCUGAAGAACUUUACUAAAUACUUGACAUUACAAAAUAACUUGCUGGGGUUGUCCUCUGUAUACUGAUGUUAAAUAAAAAUGUGUGAUUGAACUGUAAAUGUAGAUAACUUUCAAUAGUCCUUUCCACAUUUGAGUUUUUAAUUUAUCUUGCAGUGCUUAGGUGGUCUUAUGCUCUCAUACUGUGCUGAACAAAUGGCCACAAUGAAACUGUUAACUUGCCAUGCUUUAAAGUAAGAAGUUGAUCACAUCUGUAACCUGCUCUGAGAAAAUCUAUUUGAGUUUCAUGUCAAGACUAUGCAGAUGUUUUGAUGUUUAAAGCUUGCUGAUAAGGUCAUGACUCAAGGUAGCUAUUUUUUUUAGGACUAGAGUAACGUGAAACAGAAUACUUACCAAACCACUUUUCAAACUUGUUUAAACUCAGAUUCAGCAGAACACAGACAUGGCUGUAUCUAGAUUCUCUCUGCACACCUGUCCGGUAGGAGCUGGGGCAGAGUGUCGUCAUUCCUUCUAGGACUCUACAGGAGCUCUUUCCUCUGUGGACUCUGGUGCAGGGUAUGUUCUUUAUUCCAGCUUUAGAUCUUGGUGUUUACCUAAUGAUUGCUGAAUUUACAGCCCCGAGGAUAUGGCUCAUAUAGAUGAUUCAAGCAUUUUGUGUCUAGAAAAAAAUAGUCUAGAAUGAAAUUCAUCUGAACUAAAAUAAACUAGUCUAAAACUUUGACUGCAAAAUUUCUUGGAGGAAGUUUAGGUGAAGACUUCAGAUGUUGCCCUUCCUUUUGCGGGGUUAGGCACUGUCUCACCUUCGCAGUGGUGAUUCUUUAACAAAAGCCAAACAAAUGCUAUUUACGGAAGUGUUUCAGAGGCAUUUUUGAGGAAUUUCGGUGUAAAAAUGACUUUGGGUCCAGUCUGACAGGGAGGACUCGUUUGUCUCUUAUGCAAAAAUACUCUGUAGACUAAAGCUGAGGCAAUCAUCUUAUGGAAAUUUGAGAACUUUGUGGUACUUCACAGGUAUUGAUUGACGAUUGUGAUGAUCUGUACCUAGAACAUUGAUGCAUAUUUAAGAACAGGGGCUAGUGAAAGAAAAAAUGAAAUCUGCUUGAACACUUCUGGAACAUCCAUUUAUAUCAAAUGAUGCAAGAACUGGUUGGUCAAACUAGUUUCUCAAUAGUCAGUGUGAGCCUGAAACAAAACCUAGCUUCCACAGGUUUUGUGGGUAGAGAAGGUAUUUGGCAAAAUAUGUCUUGAAACAUGAAGGUGUCAUUUUAUUUGCCUUUAAUAAUGUUGCACAAACUUCUCAAGGAAAUAACUUGUAAGUUCAUGUUAUUUUCUGGGUUUUGAAGCUGGAUUUUAGGUAGGUGCUGCUCAACCUUAUCAAACUCAUUUGGCUCCAUUCUUCUGCUAAGACCACAGUCACUUCACCGCUUACUCACAUGGGGUUGCCUUAAGUCGUAUGAUUUUCCCUGAGGUUUUCCCUCGUUUAUCUCAAUUUCAUUAUUUUCUAAACUGAAAAUUGUACACCUUACUGACUUUUGUAGUUUGAGGAAAGUAGAGAAACAACAGUUUAUAAGCCUGAGCCCUUACUACGUGAAAGAAGCUUAAGGUCCUAUUUUUUGAGCCCAGGUCAGGUUUCUGCUGGCAAAAGCCUUUUUUGCAUUUUCAAGCACCCAAGUAGUUGCAUCUUAGUUUUUUUUCCUCUUGGACCUGCAUAUCUUCCAUUCACCUAGUGCCACUGGACAGAUUUUUAGUUACUGAUGGUUUUCUACCAGCCUUGAAUUUGGUUUUUUUUGUUGUCAGUAACCUCUGUUAAGAGAAGAACUCCUUUAUAUACACAAAAGAGAAGUUGCAAGUGAAACCCUAAAGGUGCUAAGGUCUGGUGUCAAAUGGUUUAUGUAUUUAUACUUUUGUGUGAUGUUAUCAAAACAGAGAAGAAAAGGCAAAUGGAAUACAAAAUUUAAAAGCCCAUUUAGUUGAACAUACAAACUGUGUAAAGACAGGCAUCAGCUUUGCUGUAUCCCCCUAAAUCCCAUACAAAAUAUUUCUCUGUAGCAUGUUAUGUGAAUGAACAGCAUGUGCUUUCCCGAGCAUUUUUACUGAAUUAUUUUUAUUAUUCCAAUAGAUAUUAAUAUGUGAUUUGGUGAGUGUAUGCAGUUCAGAAACUUUUGCUGUUAAAUACUUAUUCUUUGGAUAAAGAACUUGAAGAUUUUGUUCAUGCAAGUCUUAAAACCAGUUCAGCUAAUUUAACUACAGAAUUUUAAACAAAUGUGAGAAAUCUCACUUUGGUUUUGGUGUAUUAUUGCUCAAAAACUGUAAUGGACCAUGGGCUCUUUUCUCAAGCAAAGCUUCAGUCCAGAUUACAUUGUAUCUCUAAUUACAUCAGAAUCCUAAUUACUCCAGGAGUAUCACAGUUCUGGACAAGAAUAAACCACUCCUGGAGUAUUUUUCAAAUAAUAAUUUCCCAUUAUUUUACAUACUGGCAAUAGUAGAAAUGGUUUAACAAACCAGUACCAUUCUUGUAUGGACAUUUGUUAAUUCAGCCAUAUUUUAAUUGGUUUAAUUGCAUUAGUGAAGUGUACUAUGAGACUUCUUUUUUUACAUUGGAUUGCUUGUUAUAUUGGACCCUUUCCUUUAUUUUUUUCUACCUUUCAAUUUCAAACCAGAAAGUAGAAAGAUGAGCAGAGUUUGACGUCCAGCAUGUUCUGAGUUCCAGUGGAGCUGUUUCCCUGAAGCAGACGUGCACUUUCUGGAUCCUGCUUGCAUGUCCAAACUUGCCGUUUAUUAUCUAGAUUAGUGAAACUGUGUAUGAUUGCACCUUUGGCUCCAAUUAAACAGCUUCUAAUUUAAAUUAAGAAAGUAUUAACUCAGUGGCUGCUGUUGACUAUUUUCCUAUUUAAUAUUGCAAUAGCUUCCUGUUUUGUUUUGUUUUUUUUUUUUUUUUUAAUACAGCAAUUACAUGCUGAUCUUUCACAGAAUUAGUUUCUCUUAUGAAACAUUACGUUUCAUGUCUUUGGAGAAAAGCCCCAGACUUUUGUCUGGAUUGUAUGUGGAAUUUUUAAAAAUAUACCCACCUUUCUCCUCACAGUCCCAUAAAUGGGGAGGAGGGUUUGUGUUCGUGCUGCUGCAGCGAACAGACCCCAGCAAAUGAGUGCCAUGAACCUCGGGUGCAGAUGACCUUCCUGACUAUUUGUUAUGGCUUUUCAUUCCUACCCAUGCCAGCGUAUUUUUACCAGGUGUGCAAAGUCGCGUGUGUUUCAGGAAGUCAGAGAAUGCAUGGAUAAACAGGAUAGCCCUAGCAGCUAGAGCUGAAGCAGCCUGUGUUCAAUACUCACAGCGCUAACUGACUUAGGAAAAAUGACCCCGUCCUCUGAAAGCUGCAUUGCUCAGCUGUGGAGUGUCCCAUUAAGAUGACAGCAGCUACCUCUCUGAGGUUGGGAUGAAUAUUGUUUUACUAAAUUCCUGUCUUGGAUCUUGUAAUUCUUCCAUUUCCCACGCCUGCUAGACUCAUACGCUGACAAAAUACUACUGCUAAUAAAACACUACAUUUAUUUACACAA